AUGGCGCAGUACAAAGCGGCUCGGGGGCCGGAUGAGGAUCCAGCCCCGUCGUCGUCCGCCGACCCUGGCCCAGAGCGUCAUCACCAGGUGGCUGGUCUGGCCGAGGCGGCCCAUCGCCAGCUCCAGCAAGCACAGACUGUGACAGAGCUACAUCAAGCCAUCGAUGCUUUUCGUGCAGCUGAGCCUCAACACGGUCACGUUGCGUUUCUCAAUGCGACCAUGGAACGUGUGGCCGAAAUUGACGAGCCCUUGCCCCUGGCCACCUAUGAUAACCUUUUGAACAUCUUUCCCAAAACUAACACAUUCAAGACAUCCUCGCUACUGGAUGCCAUUUGGCCACGACAAACUCUUCAGGGCGAGGCAGCGCUGCGCGUCCUCAACCACAUGGAGACGGAUGGCCUCAUUCCGCAAGCAAGCACACAUGCCAUUUUGCUGCGCACUUUUGGCGCUGCAUCGGCACCGGUUAAAAAGGUCACAUACAUGGCCUAUUGGAUGCAGCGUUUCUUUGGCAGCAACCCCUUUGCCCUGCCCUUGCCCCUGCCACAGACAGAUGAGGCCUGGCUGCAUCUUGCUUUGCGUCGCUUUGCCGGCAAAGAUGCCACCGUCCAUGGCGCACGGCUGAGAAUCCCUCGCUCGCUCUUCCUCAAUUGGUGGUUGAAGGGCGCCAACGAGCCUGGAUUUCAGGCCGACGUCAUCACUACCUCACACUGGGCUUUCGAGAUGAUGCCUCUGGACAUGGAUGAUGCCGGCCGCACCAACACCGUCGUCGAUCGCGACAUUGAGACGUGGCGCCGGUUUGCUGACCGCUGGAUGCGCCAGCUGCAGCGCCUAACCCAGCACGAGUGCCAAACCAUGAUUCAUCUCCAGUAG